AUGUUGAAGAAUAGUUUAAAUGAAUAACUUCCAAAUAUUCUUAAUACUGAAUGCAUUCUUAUUAAUAAAACUAUUUAUGAAGAUAGUGAAGAUAAGGUGGAUGAGCAGAAAGAACAAAUAAUUUUACAAUUUGAUAUAGAAAAAGAUUACUAUGAUUUAGGUUCUCUUUCUGUUAUUUUUGAUCCUUAUAAUUAAGAAAAAAAAUUGUUAUAAAUUGAGAUUAGUUGUUAAUCAUCUUAUCUGUAAAAUAGUUUGAAAUAUAUUAUAUAAGCAAAAAGCUUGAGAUGUUAACUUGGAGAAUUUUAUGUUAAUUCUGGAUGUUAAAUGUGUUCAUCAAAUUAAGGAUUUUACUCUGUUGUAUAUGAUGCAACUAAAUGUUCAAUAUUUGAUAAAACAAAAUUUAAAAAUAUAACUGAAAACAAUAUAGAUUUGAUUGAAGGUUUUUGGAGACCUAAUUAUUUAUCUGAUUAAAUAGAAGAAUGUUUUAAAAAUUUAAAGUUUUGUGUAGGCGGUUGGGGAUAAGGGAAUUAAAUAUGUGACUUAGGGCAUAUUGGAGCAUUAUGUGAAGAAUGUGAUAUUUAUAAUAUAAGAGGAGAUGGAAAAUAUUUUAAAAAUCAAUAGGAUUCAAAUUGUAUUUCUUGUUUUGGAGUUAAUGAUAGUAUUAUCCCUUUUAUAGCAGCUUCAAUUUGGUAAUUUAAUUUAAUAUUUAGGUCUUUUAUAUCUAUCAUUAUAACCUUAAGAAGUAUUGAAUAAUCUAAUCAAUUAUUCAAAAGUUUAAAAUUAUAAUAAAGGUUCAGCAAAAUUAUUUUUAAUCUAGAAUAAGGUAAUUUGAUUAUUUAAUUUAAGGGCACGAAAGUUUUUUAAUAAAAAUGUUAUUAAACUAUUUAUGGAUAUUCUCUGUCAUAUUUACAUUCAAUAUACAAUUUUAACUUUCACUCACUUUUGUUGAUUCGGCUAGUAAUACUUCCUAUUCUAUGACAAAUAAUUUGGAUUGUUAUUUAUCAGAAAAUCUAUCCAUAAAAUUGAUUUAUUCAAAAAUAAUUACUAUGCUUGUACUCAUGACAUUCUAAUUUAUUCUUAUAAUUAUUGGAUUUCUCAUAUAUAAUUGGUAUUAUAAGAUUGGAAUGAGGAAUUUUAACUUGGAAACAAUCUCUAAUAGUCUACUCUACCUAUAUGUUUCUAAUUAUGGUGGAUUGGUCAAAAUGUAAUAAAAAAUUUUAAUUUUUUUAGGUAUUUCUCUAUUGUUUCAAAAAGAGAUGUUUCAAGUUAGAGCUAUAUCCAAGGUGAUGUAUCUCUACUUUUUGGAUCUAAAGAACAUUUAAUUUGGAUUUUUUCUUUUGUUAUUCCAGGAAUAGGAGUUUUUAGUUUGAUUAUACCACUUUCCCUUUUUAUUAUAAUGCACAUUAAAAAAGAUGAACAUGAUAACAUUAAGAUAAGAAAACAUUUUUGCUAUUUAAUUAAUGAAUACAAUAACCAAAAUUAUUUUUGGGAAGUAAUUAAGUUAAUUAAAAAAACAAUUAUUAUUCUAAUAUUAACAUAUUUUGAAACAUAUAUUCUUUUAAAAGCAUCAUUGUUAGGAUUAUGCUUACUUUUUUAUUAGUUNUAUAAAUUGAGAUUAGCUGUUAAUCAUCUUAGCAAGAGAAUAGUUUGAAUUAUGUGAUAUAAGCAAAAAGUUUGAAAUGCUAACUUGGAGAAUUUUAUGUUAAUUCUGGAUGUUAAAUUUGCUCAUCAAGUUAAGGGUUUUACUCUGUAGUAUAUGAUGCAACUAAAUGUUCAAUAUUUGAUAAAACCAAAUUUAAGAAUAUAACUGAAAAUAACAUAGAAUUAAUUGAAGGUUUUUGGAGACCUAAUUAUUUAUCAGAUUAAAUAGAGGAAUGUUUUAAGAAUUUUUAAUUUUGUAAAGGUGGUUGGGGAUAAGGAAAUUAAAUAUGUGAUUUAGGACAUAUUGGAGCAUUGUGUGAAGAAUGCGAUAUUUAUAAUAUAAGAGGAGAUGGAAAAUAUUUUAAAAAUCAAUAGGAUUCAUAUUGUAUAUCUUGUUUUGGUGUUUAGGAUAGUAUAAUCCCAUUUAUAGCAGCAUCAAUUUGGUAAUUUCAAUUAAUAUUUAGGUCGUUUAUAUCAAUCAUUAUAACCUUAAGAAGUAUUGAAUAGUCUAAUCUACUAUUCAAAAGUUUAAAAUUAUAAUAAAGAUUCAGCAAAAUUAUUUUUAAUCUUGAAUAAGGUAUAUAAAUCAAUUAUUUUAAGGGCAUGAAAGUUUUUUAAUAAAAAUGUUAUUAAAUUAUUUAUGGAUAUUCUCUGUUAUAUUUACAUUCAAUAUACAAUUCUCGUUUUCAUUCACUUUUGUUGAUUCAGCCAGUAAUACUUCUUACUCGAUGACAAAUAAUUUAGAUUGUUAUUUAUCUGAAAAUCAAUCAAUAAAAUUGAUUUACUCUAAAAUUAUCACUAUGCUUGUACUCAUGACAUUCUAAUUUAUACUUAUAAUUAUGGGAUUUCUUAUUUAUAAUUGGUAUAAAAAGAUUGGAUUGAGUAAUUUCAACUUGGAAACUAUUUCUAAUAGUCUACUCUACCUUUAUGUUUCUAAUUAUGGUGGAUUGGUUAAAAUGUAAUUUAAAUCUUAAUUUCUUUUAGGUAUUUCUCUAUUGUUUCAAAAAGAGAUGUUUCAAGUUAGAGUUACAUACAAGGUGAUGUCUCUCUCCUUUUUGGAUCUCAAGAACAUUUAAUUUGGAUUUUCUCAUUUGUUAUUCCAGGAAUAGGAGUUUUUAGUUUGAUUAUUCCUCUUUCCCUUUUUAUUGUAAUGUACAUUAAAAAAGAUUAACAUGAUAAUAUUAAAAUAAGAAAACAUUUUUGCUAUUUAAUUAAUGAAUACAAUGAUAGAAGUUAUUUUUGGGAAGUAAUAAAGUUAAUCAAAAAAACAAUUAUUAUUCUAAUAUUAACAUAUUUUGAAACAUAUAUUCUUUUAAAAGCAUCAUUGUUAGGAUUAUGCUUACUUUUUUAUUAGUUGUUAGCUUUUAACAAGAAACCAUAUAUUCUUUCCAAUUUCAAUAACAUGGAUUUAUAUUCAGCUCAAAUUUGCUCUAUUUCAAUAUUCCUUGCUGCUUCUAAAUAUGUAUCAGAAUAAGAAAACAAUUAAUUUUCAUCAAUAAUCCUCUAGAUUUUGAUUGUUCUUCUUUGUAUUAAACUUUGUUAUUCAUUUAUUAAAAGCAUAUUAGAAGUUUAUGUUAAUAAGUACUCUAAUUUAAUAUUAAAUUAUUUGUAUAUAAUAUUGGAAAAGAUUUCAUCAGAUUCUAUAUUUACAAAAAAAUUAAAAACCCAUUUAUAAAAAUCAAGUUAAAGAAAUAGGAGAUUGAAAAGUUUAGUAAAAAAACUUAGAUAACAUCUAUUGAAGAUUUCUAAAGGCCAAAUUCAAUAUCAAAAAAAAAUGAUAAACUCUCAGAGCAUUUAAACUCAAUUUUCAGGGCCUGAUCAAAAAUACUUAUUAAACAUAGAUACUGAAUGA